AGCCUAGAUUUGAAGCCCACAAGUAGUGGUUUAGGUUGGCCCUCGUUUCCUGCAUUGGUUUUCCGUAUCGUAGGCAGGGCUCGAAGUUCCUUAGGAGAGAGAGACUCAGAAAUGGCAACACAAGCACUUGUAUCUUCUCUUACCUCUUCAGCGGAGACUGCCAGACAAAUACUACGAGCAAGACCAACCCAGUCUUCUUUUGGGUCCUCAAGGAAGAGCUCCUUUGUUGUUAGGGCAUCUUCUACUCCUCCUGUUAAGCAAGGAGCAGAUAGACAACUAUGGUUUGCUUCCAGGCAAAGUCUUUCUUACUUGGAUGGCAGUCUUCCAGGUGACUAUGGAUUUGAUCCGCUUGGUCUUUCAGACCCUGAAGGUACAGGAGGAUUCAUUGAGCCAAAAUGGUUAGCCUACGGUGAGGUCAUCAAUGGAAGAUAUGCCAUGUUGGGGGCAGUAGGUGCCAUUGCACCAGAAAUUCUUGGCAAGGCUGGUCUCAUCCCCCAAGAAACAGCCCUCCCUUGGUUCAAAACUGGUGUGAUCCCACCUGCCGGUACAUACGACUACUGGGCAGACCCAUACACACUGUUUGUGCUGGAAAUGGCACUCAUGGGAUUUGCAGAGCACAGGAGAUUCCAAGAUUGGGCAAACCCAGGCUCCAUGGGCAAGCAGUAUUUCUUGGGGUUGGAGAAGUAUUUGGGAGGGUCUGGAGACCCAAUCUACCCGGGAGGACCCCUGUUCAACCCUCUUGGGUUAGGUAAAGAUGAGAAAUCAAUGAAAGAUUUGAAGCUCAAGGAGGUGAAGAAUGGGAGGUUGGCUAUGCUGGCAAUUGUGGGUUACUUCAUACAAGCUCUUGUGACUGGAGUUGGACCAUACCAAAACCUCCUGGAUCACUUGGCUGAUCCUGUCAACAACAAUAUCUUGACAAGCCUCAAGUUCCAUUAGAGCCAAUUCUUGUCUAUUUGUGGAUUGGACCUGCCCUAGCUGCUUCUUCCCUUUGGCCUUUCUUUUCUCCUACUCAUUGUAACAAUCGUGUGAAAAAGCCCUACUGUAAUUUUCUGUGAUAAGGGACAUGUUAAGAUCAAGAAAGACCUCUUAAUGUUA